AUGCAUUUCGCAAAGCUCGAUGAUUCGCCUAUGUUCCGCCAACAGAUACAGGGCUUGGAAGAAGGUGCAGAGUCAUUGAGGGGAAGAUGUAACAAGUUUUUCAAAGGAUGUCGAAAGUACACAGAAUGGCUUGGAGAAGCGUAUGAUGAGGAAAUUGCUUUUGCAACUGCCCUUGAAACUUUUGGGGGAGGGCAUAAUGAUCCUAUUUUUUCAGCUUUGGGAGGCCAUGUUAUGACCAAAUUCACAAUUGCAUUAAGAGAAAUUGCAACGUACAAGGAAGUUUUCCGGUCACAGAUAGAGCACAUGCUAAAUGAUAGGCUGUUGCACUUAGUCCAUGUUGAUCUCCAUGAUGUCAAGGAAGACAGAAAGCGUUUUGACAAGGCUUCUCUUGUAUAUGAUCAGGCACGCGAGAAGUUUCUAUCAUUGAGGAAGAGCACUAGGAUGGAUAUAGCUGCUAGUAUAGAGGAGGAACUGCACAAUGCAAGAUCCUCAUUUGAGCAGGCCCGCUUCAACCUGGUUACUGCUCUCUCUGAUAUUGAGGCGAGGAAGAGGUUUGAGUUUCUGGAAUCUGUUAGUGGGGUGAUGGAUGCUCAUCUUCGUUACUUCAAACAGGGAUAUGAGUUACUGCACACAAUGGAACCCUAUAUUCAUCAGGUGUUGGCUUAUGCACAACAGACAAGAGAAAGUUGCAACCAGGAACAGGUAUCUCUCAAUGAAAGGAUACAAGAGUAUAAAAGGCAGAUUGAUCGCCAAAGUAAUCAGUCCUUGAGUGGUGUCCAGAGUUCUCCGAAUGGAGAUGGUGUGCAGUCUUUCUCUAGGAAAUCACAUAAAGUGAUAGAGGAAGUGAUGCAAUCUGCUGCAAAGGGGAAGAUACAAACUAUUCGGCAAGGAUAUCUCUCAAAACGUUCCUCCAAUUUAAGAGGUGACUGGAAAAGAAGGUAUUUCAUUCUUGAUAGUCGAGGGAUGCUGUACUACUAUCGCAAACCAUGGAAUCGGCCAUCUCAUGGGGGUCAAUCUUCUCCACAUAAGCAUAGUUCCUCUGAAAAUGGCUCUGGGCUUUUGAGUCGUUGGCUUUCAUCUCACUACCAUGGCGGUGUACAUGAUGAAAAAACCGUUGCACGUCACACCGUGAACUUGCUGACGUCAACAAUAAAGGUUGAUGCCGACCAGACAGAUUUAAGAUUCUGCUUCAGGAUUAUAUCACCUAUGAAAAUCUACACUUUGCAGGCAGAGAAUGCACUCGACCAAAUGGAUUGGAUUGAGAAAAUCACUGGAGUAAUUGCUUCAUUAUUGAGUUUCCAGACACCUGAGAGGCGUCUCUCGACUAGCCCUACGGGAAGUGAUGAUCAGAUCUCUGGAAGUGAGAGUAAUUUAUUAGAAUGUGCUUUUGAUGCUGAUCAGACAAUUCAGGAGUAUUCACCUAAGAUCAGUGCUUAUAAUUAUUUGCGAACCUCUAAAAGUUUGCAAUCACACAAGUACAAAAUGAAAAGUGAGAAGCCAAUUGACAUACUGAGAAGAGUAUGCGGUAAUGACAAAUGUGCUGAUUGUGGUGCGCCUGAACCAGAUUGGGCAUCCUUGAACCUUGGCAUUCUUAUUUGCAUUGAAUGUUCUGGUGUUCAUCGUAAUCUUGGUGUACAUGUAUCAAAGGUCAGAUCACUGACACUUGAUGUGAAAGUAUGGGAACCUUCUGUCUUAACCUUGUUUCAAUCACUAGGCAAUACUUUCGUAAACUCGGUUUGGGAGGAGACGUUGUAUUCAAAAAGUACUUUGCAGGCUGAUAACAUGCCUAUAGGUUUUCCCAAGGCGGAUAGAAAUGAGCCAUUUCUUAUGAUAAAGCCCUGUUAUGAUGAUCUUAUUUCGAUAAAGGAGAGGUUUAUUCAUGCAAAGUAUGAAGAAAAACUUUUUGUUCGUCGUACGAAAAACAAUCAGAAGUUCCACUCAAUGGAGCAACAACAGUUGUGCAAAAGUGUCCGUGCUAAUGACAAGAAAGCAGUUUACCGCCAUAUUAUCAGCUCCGAAGCAGAUGUUAAUGCUAUAUGUGGGCAAGCAUUAGAUGAUAUUUCUGAAGACAAGCCUUCCUCAAGUAAUUCAAACUCACUCAAUAAAAGUGAAGUUCAGCCACUGGAGCACAUCCCUAAGGGCUCUUCCCUGCUUCACCUAGCCUGCCAAAGUGCUGAUAUUGGCAUGGUGGAGCUACUUUUACAGUACGGUGCAAACGUAAACACUUCUGAUUUAAAAGGUCAAACACCACUGCAUUGUUCCGUUAUCAGAGGCAAUACAUCUAUUGCAAAGAUGCUUCUUAUGAGGGGAGCGGAUCCUCGAGCCAUUGACAGAGAAGGUAAAACACCAAGUGAGCUUGUAUCAGAAUCAGCCUCCAAUGACAACGGGAUGCUUGCUCUUUUAACAAACUCAGGCAGAUGA